CUGUAUCUAUUAUUGUACGAUCUACUGUACAUCUUUAAGAAGGGGGACCGGAGGGUGUGUUCCAACUGUAGGGAAAUCGCACUCCUCGGCCUCCAUGGGAAGGUCUAUGCCAGGUUGCUGGAAAGGAGAGUCCAUCCGUUAGUCAAACCUUGAGUACAGGAGGAACAAUGCUGUUUUCAUCCUAGUCGUGGAACACUGUAUAGAUCCUUCUCAAUGAUACUUGAGGGUGCAUGGGAGUUUGCCCAACCAGUCUACGUGUGUUUUGGUGAUUUGGAGAGAGAUUCCCAGGGUCUUCUGUGGGGGUGCUCCGGGAAUAUGGGGUGACUGGCUGGCAAUAAGUCGGACUCGUUCCUGGUGGGUGAUGGGCUCCGGCAGGGCUGCCCUUUGUUCGUUAUUAUAUCCCCCCAAAAAAAUCAAAAUGUAUUUCUAUAGCACAUAAAAAUACAACAAAGUUGACCAAAGUGUUUCACAGUCGGUCAGAGCAAUAGCAUAAGACAGAAUUAAAAAAAAGAAACAGUUUAAAGGAGGGCAGGAAACAAUAUGACAAUUGUUUGAAACAAAAACUGGCCACGAAAUAACAUACUAGUUUAAAUCAAAAGCGACACUAAAAUAAUAAGUUUUAAGACACAAUUUAAAAGACUGGAUGGACUCGGAGGAACGAAUAUAAGGAGGGAGGUUAUUCUAGAGUCUGGGAGCUACGACAGCAAAGGCCCGAUCACCUCUGGACUUCAGACAAGACCUUGGUUGCAUCAGGAGCAUUUGAUUGGAAGAUCUAAGUGCCUUAUUAGGGAUAUACAAAUGAACAAGUUCACAUAGAUAGCUGGGAUCCAAAUUAUUUAAAAUUUUAAAGGUAAGCAAAAGAAUUUUGAAAUUGAUACAAUAAUCAACAAGGAGCCCGUGUAGGUUGGCUAAAACUGGUGUGAUGUGGACAUAAUUUCUAGUACCAGUUAAGAGACACGCAGCUGCGUUUUGAACUAACUGGAGCCGGUGAAUAGAGAAAAAUAGAAGGCCCAAGUAGAGAGAGUUACAGUAGUCUAAUUUGGAAGUGAUAAAAGCGUGAAUGAGCUUUUCAAGGACCUUCAAAGUGAGGUAUAGUUUAGCUUUAGAUGUCUGACGCAGGUGGUAGAAACUUUUUUUUUUCCCACAGGAGAGAUCUGUUUCUUGAGUUUAAAAGAGCUGCCCAGGAAAACACCAAGGUUUCUAACAGUGGGUGAGAGAUGGCUAGCAAGGAGCCCUAAGGCAUCAGUUAGUUGUUCCAGCGGGGUGUGACUAUCAAAAACUAUAACUUCUGUCUUAUCCUCGUUCAGUGUGAGUGAGCUACAUGAUAACCAAGUUUUGGCCUCAUUUAGACAGUCAAAUAGGGGUUGCAAGGAAGUAGAGACAUCCGAUGUCAAAGGGAAAUAAAAUUGUAUGUCGUCGGCGUAGCAGUGAAAGGAAGUGUAAUCCCAACGGCAGCAUGUGUUCUUUUUCUUUAUAAUGGGUUGCACGACAGCGUGCUUAAAUACUGACGGUACACAACCUGAUGACAGUGAUAUAUUCAGUAACAGUUGGAUACAGGGACCAACAGUGGGCAAAGCUUCCUUAAGAAAACGAGAGGGAAGGAUAUCAUGGGGGGAAUUCGAGAUUUUGAGAUGAUCAAUUAUAGCUGUUAAAUCAGAAUCAGACAGUGGCUGGAACUGUUGAAAGACAGUCAAGCAUUCAGGGACUGGAACAGGGUCAGAAACUAACAAUGAUUGAGAUGAGAGAGAUGCCCUCAGAACUGAAAUUUUGUCAGUGAAAUAUUUAAAAAUUUAUUACAAAGUACAGGGGAGGCAUCCCUAUAAGUAAAGGGGCAAGGGUUUAUCAAGAAAUUAAAAAUACUAAAAAGGGCUUGGGGAUUAUGGCAGUUAGACCUAAUAAUACCAGAGAAGAAGGUAGAUUUAGCAGCAUGUCCAGCGAGACAUGGAGUUUAUCUUUUUUCCAUUUUUGCUCAGUGUGCCGGCAUUCACACCUAAGGGCGCGGGUAGUGUCAUUAAGCCAGGGUUGGCGUAACAAUUCGGCACAUUUUGUCCUCAGAGGUGCCACCGAAUUAAGAAUGUCGGCACAUCUAGUAUUAAAAAGGUUGGUAAGUUCCUCCGCUGAUAAAUCCGCAAUACCAUUAACAUCAGAAAGAGGGGAAUCAAAAAAAGCAGCAGUGAAAUGAGCAAUUGACUGAGAGCUCAUCUAGCGUGUUUGCCGUAGAGAACCAUCACUAUACAAAUCAACAUUGUUAAUAACAGUAUUAAACAAAAUGGUCCGAAAUCCUGAGGUUCUCCCAAUUUAAAGCGAUCACCAAUCGGAGAAAAGAAAAGGAUAAUGUUUAAUCGUUUCCCAUACAACUUUAUCCGUGAUGUCCGUGAUGCAGAUAUCCAAACCAUUUGACAGUACCAAGUUGAGUGUGUGAUCUUACCCACUGGGUGAGAUUAAACGAAUUAAUAAGAGUAAGGAAGUCUUUGACUAGUGAGUCGUCUUUGCAACAAACAUGAAUGUUAAAAUCCCCAACAAUUAAAAUACGAUCAUAGCGUAAGACAACACUCCCCAGUAAGUCAGCAAAUUCAGAAAUAAAAUCCUUAACAAAUUUCGGGGGGCAAUACACCAAAGCACAAAGAAAUGAAGGGAUGCGGUUCAGUUCCAAUAACUGCACCUCGAAGCUGGGGUACAGAACAGAUGACAGCUGCCGACAUCGAAAUUUGUUUUUAAAAACUGAAGCUAGCCCUCCACCUCUGCCAAUGGUCCGGGGUGAGCUCAGAACAGUGAAAUUGGGUGGAAGCAGUUCUGAGAAUGAAACUUGGCUUCACCAGGGCGAAGCCAAGUAUCAGUCAAGAAUAACAAGUCAAGUCCGGAUGAGCGAAUAAAAUCAUUUAAGACAAAAGUCUUAUUAGCCAGUGACCUCAUGUUUAACAAGGCCAUCUGAAGAGUGGUCACACUGUUGCUGGUGCUCCCCCACCCCAGGGGUGGACAGGAUUUCUAGGCUUAGCCAAGUGGCAGAAGGCUUUCACUUGGGUGGGCUCAGAACCUCAUCUAUGCUUUUUGCGGAUGAUGUGGUUCUGUUGGCUUCAUUGGGUGAUGGCCUUCAGCUCACUUUGGAAUGCUUCACAGCUGAGUGUGAAGCGGUGGGAAUGAGAAUCAGCACCUCCAAAUCUGAGGCCAUGGUCCUCAGCUGGAAAAGUGUAGAGUGCCCAAUCUGGGUAGAAAAUUAGUUCUUGCCUCAAGUGGAGGAGUUUAACUAUCUCGUGGUCUUGUUCACGAUUGAAGGGAAAAGGGUGCAGGAGAUCAACAGAUGGGAUUGGUGCUGUGGCCACAGUAAUGUGGACGCUCUGUUGUGGUGAAGAAAGAGCUGACUGUAAACGCGAAGCUCUAAAUUUACUGAUCAAUCUAUAUCCCUACCCUCACCUAUGGUCACGAGCUGUGGGUAGUGACUGAAAGAAAAUGAUUGUGGAUACAAGCUUCCUCCAAUGGGUUGCUAGCCUCUCCCUUAGAGAGAGGAUGAGAUGGUAAAAUGUUCUAAAAGAAAGAAAACAAGGAUUGACCAAAUAAUGUUUUGUAUUUUGGUAGUUAGCAGUGUCCAUAUUCUGCUCUUCUACUGCGACUCCUGCGCUGCUGACUUUUGAAAUCAUUCUGCUCACUAACUGGCUCAACAUUGGCUCAACAGUGCAUGGACUGGACAGCCUAACAGGCUAGCUACAGUGCUAAAGAGAAACCUGGAAUUGUUGUCAUUUUAUUCUAAGGUAAAUAAAAAGAUGUACUAGCUUCAUGGAGUGCUUUUUUUUUUAAAGACAUCAGCUUGUAGUUUAAUGAUGGUUUACCCUUAUUGCUGUUCUUUAGUUUAUUUAAAAGUAAAUUUGCUUCUGUUUUUCUGGUAUAACAUCAUAUCACUUUCUUUGCGAUGUCUCCUUUUGUCCUUCCAGAUGUCUUACAGCAACAUGUUCCUAAGAAGGAGGUGGUACCGACUGAGCAGCAGCUCUGUAAUCAGGAUAACAACUCCAGUCUGAAACACGGGAAACCAGAAUCUCCACAGAUUAAGGAGGAACCGGAGGAACUCUGCAGCAGUCAGGAGGGAGAGCAGCUUAUACUGAAGGAGGAGACGGAUACCUUUAUGGUGACCGCUACUUGCGACAAAAGUGACCAAACCGAAACAGGUGGGCAGCAGCUCCUGUUUCUAAGCUCUGCUGUAGCUGAGAACCAAGAUCAGGGACGAAGCGAGAAACUUGAUUUACAAUCAAUUCGAUUUACGAACAAAAGUCACAAGAAUGAAGAAGACCCGACAACAUCAGGGAGUAGGUGUAACUCUGAUAAAAGUACAAAGUAUCUCAAAUGUGAUGUUUGUGGAAAAGUAUUCCGAUAUAAUUAUGAAAUGACAAGACAUUAUAGAAUCCACACAGGCGAGAAACCGUAUUCAUGCACUAUUUGUGGCAAAGGUUUCGUAUGUACUGGCUCUUUAGCAAAGCACAGAAGAGCUCACACAGGUGAGAAGCCUUAUUCUUGUAUAACAUGUGGGAAAAAGUUUGCUUAUAACAGUGAUUUACUGAGACACCUGAAGACGCACACUGGUCAGAAACCAUAUCAUUGUAAAAGAUGUGGGAAAAUGUUUCUAUAUAAAAGUGAUUUACUGAAACACAUGCGGACUCACACAGGUGAGAAACCAUAUGGAUGUAAAACAUGUGGGAAAAUGUUUGCUUAUAAUGGUGAUUUACUGAAGCACACAAGAGCUCAUACAGGUGAAAAGCCAUAUCAUUGUAAAACAUGUGGGAAAAUGUUCGGAUACAGUAGUUCUCUGUUAAAACACAUGGGAAUUCACACAGGUGUGAAACCACAUCAUUGUAAAACAUGUGGGAAAAUGUUUGCUUCUAAUAGUGAUUUAGUGAAACACACGAGGAUGCACACUGGUGAGAGACCAUAUCAUUGUAAAACUUGUGGGAAAGUAUUUGCAUAUAGUAGUUCCUUAUUGAAACACAUGAGAAUGCAUACAGGUGUUAAACCAUAUCAUUGUAAAGCUUGUGGGAAAUCGUUCACCCGUAACUCUAUUUUGACAGAACACACAAGAACACACACAGGUGAGAAACCGUAUGAAUGUAAAACAUGUGGGAAAAGGUUUAACUCUAGAACUCAUUUGUUGCGCCACAUGAAAACUCACGCUAAGCGGUGCACUAUCGAUACAAGAUUAUUGGCUUAGUGAGCUGCUUUCAGCUAAAAGUCAGAGGUUUGUGUCACAAAAGUUACUUUUUUAAAAUCUGGUUUUAAUUACCCUGUUCAGCUAUGAAUAAUUGAAAGAGGUAUGAAUAUAAAUACUGAUUUAAAGGUCAUGGUAACUUACACUGAACACAUAAGCUGUUAAAGAGCAGGUAAAGUUGAGGUUUAACUGGAAUGUGCAUAUAUUCAUAUAUAUAUUCAAGUAUGCAGAAAACGUGGAAAUGUUGUACUUGAUUCUCUGCUGAAUCUGCUGCUAAAUCUGUUACACUAAUUUAAUUGUAGCUAUUAGAAGAUGGAUCACAAAAAACAAAACAAUUACUUUAGUUUGCAACAAAGUAAAGCAAAUAUUUUCUUGGGCUUUGGAACUAUAAGCUUUAACAUUUAAAUGGGUCCAGUUUAAAGUAUCAGAGCUCUAGUGAGAGCCGAGUGCACACUCUUGUCAUAUUUUCAGCAAGUGUUUUAUUGGUAUAUUUUCUUUAUGUUUUCUAUAAUUUUUUAAUCAUUUUAUCGACAUCUGAUAAUGUCUGUUUAUUCUGACUGAGAUUUUAGUUUUGUUAAUUCAGUUUAUAUAAAGGAAGCCUGGUGUGUUGAUCUUCAUUGAUAGUAUAUGCUUCUUUUUUUUUCUAAAGGGGGGUGCUCUGUAUCGCAAAACUGAAAUCUAGGAGCUGUUUCUAUGUUUUUCCAUCUAAAUCUUAAACAUGAUGCUGUCCACUGUGGUGAUGAUGUGGUUGACAGUCUAUCAGAGAGUAAACCAGUUACACUCUCACCUGUGGUAAAUAUAAUCACUGUUUAGAACAACAUUCAUGUCUUUGGACUGUGGGAGGAAGCUGGAGUACCCAGAGAGAACAUGCAGACUCCACACAGGGAGGCCUGAGCCCACCAGGACCUUCUUACUGUGAUGGGACGGUGCAAGCCACUGCGACAACGUGCUGCUGGUUUCUUUUUGAAUAAAUAGAAGAUCUUUGUUUUGUUUUAA